CUUUUGAUUCAUUUUUAGCCUGUAACUUUAUGUCUGGCUAGGUCAAAAAUGCAAAAACACAUUUUCCACGUUCAAGGGGUGCAGUCAACCCCUUCGGCUGGUCCGAAGAAGAUUGGAUCUUUUUAAACUAUUUGUUCGUGGGAAGUGUAGAUUCAACAUACUUGACGCCAUUUUUUGUUUGUUUCAGGUGUUAUUCAUGAAUGAAAAUGCAUCCAACGAAUCCCGGUGCCGGAGCAUAACCUAACCUAGCAGCGGCGACGUGCGCGCCGGGUAGCGGCCGUGCGGCGAGUGGCGUGCGUGCGGUGCGCAUCGCGAGCGCGUGCGACGGACGUGACGUGCUGCUGUUAGUCCGUAACGUGCUGUGUGCUAGCCCCACAGUGUCGGUGCGGUGUGAUUUGGUGACGACGGUGUAUUAACACCGCAUGUGUUGUCUGUGACGCGUCGGCCUGCCGUCCAUGGACAAGCGCAAAAUGAUGCCCAAACGGCCGAGGUUCGAAACGCGCGCCCCCAUCUCGAAUGGACCAAUGCAGACGCGACCGUUGGUCGCGCUGCUCGACGGUAGGGACUGCUCCAUCGAGAUGCCCAUACUCAAGGAUGUUGCAACUGUCGCGUUUUGUGAUGCGCAGAGCACGUCCGAAAUACAUGAAAAGGUACUAAACGAAGCGGUGGGUGCAUUGAUGUGGCACACGAUAAUCCUGACAAAGGAGGACUUGGAGAAAUUCAAAACGUUGCGGAUCAUCGUGCGGAUCGGCAGCGGCGUGGACAACAUCGACGUAAAGGCAGCUGGAGAAUUGGGCAUCGCCGUUUGCAAUGUGCCUGGCUACGGUGUCGAGGAGGUCGCAGACACCACCAUGUGCCUCAUACUCAAUUUGUAUAGAAGGACCUAUUGGCUGGCGAAUAUGGUCCGCGAAGGGAAAAAAUUCACUGGUCCUGAGCAGGUGAGGGAGGCAGCAGCAGGUUGCGCUCGCAUUCGUGGUGACACCCUCGGCAUCGUCGGUUUGGGUCGCAUCGGCAGUGCGGUCGCAUUACGGGCGAAGGCGUUCGGCUUCAACGUCAUCUUCUACGACCCGUACUUGCCAGACGGCAUCGAGAAGUCGCUUGGGUUGACCAGGGUGUAUACACUGCAGGACCUCCUCUUCCAAUCCGACUGUGUCUCGCUACACUGUACGCUCAACGAGCACAACCACCACCUCAUCAAUGAGUACACGAUCAAGCAAAUGCGGCCAGGAGCGUUCCUGGUUAACACAGCACGCGGUGGAUUGGUAGACGAUGACGCGCUAGCGCAGGCGCUAAAACAGGGCCGGAUCAGGGCGGCUGCUUUGGACGUACAUGAGAACGAACCCUACAAUGUAUUCACUGGACCAUUGAAGGACGCCCCCAACGUACUUUGCACACCACAUGCCGCCUUUUACAGUGACGCUAGUGCCACCGAACUUAGGGAAAUGGCUGCCUCAGAGAUCAGGCGGGCAAUAAUGGGCCGGAUACCGGAGUGUCUACGCAACUGCGUGAACAAGGAGUACUUCAUGGGUCCGACGUCAGCGGCGGCAGCGGCGUCUGCGGCAGCUGCGGCGGCGAGCGCUGCAGCGGUGGUGGCGGCACAACAGGCGGCCGCGGUACAACAGGGGGGGUAUCCUGAAGUAUCCCCGGCGGGCGUGAACGGGGGCUACUACCAGGCUGCGGCCGCGGCGGCUGCAGCGGCGGCCGCCGCGUCGAACGCGGGUGGUACCGGCGGCGGCGGUGGCGGAGGCAGCGGUGGCGGGGGCGGCGCGCAACAAGCCGCCCACUCGACCACGCCUCACGAGGCCGCCCCUCCACAGCAACAACCGCCCUCCGGCCAACCGCCGCCUCCUACCUCCGCUGCCUCCGUAGCUGCUGCGGCGGCGGCAGCGGUGGCGCCUCCCCCGCCUCCGGUGCCACAGCCGCAGGUGCCACCGCAGCCGCACCAUCAACUAGUGAGUACCACUACUACCAUCGUUAAGUAAACGUGUCAGUACAGUUUAUUUAUUUUCCUUUUUAUUUUCUUGUUUCUUAUUCACCCAGGAAAAUUUAAACAUGAAAGCUGCAAACCGCAGAAUGAAAGAUAACAGAAAGUUUUGGCAAUCGCAAACACCACAUACCUAAAUGCUAAGUUCGCAUUUUUUGACAUUUUAUAUUGAAGAUUUCAUGAGGUGAAUCUUAACGUUUACUUACGCAGUAGUUGUGAAUGCCAAAACUGUGUAAUGGCAUGAAAGUUUGCGAAGAGUUUUGGUUUGACGGUUGCUUAAAAGUCCUAUAUAAUCUCGUGCCAGAGUCCUAUUCAAGGUGAAACGUGACAGAAGUAAGUUUUUUCCUAACAUACCUUUUUAUCCGCGCUAAAUGCCAUAUAGAUCUAAUCGAUUAAGUAUAAAUAACUUGAGAUCAUGAUUACACAUAUUCGACUAAAAGUUUCCCCUUGCUCGUUUUAUAUCUGAAGAAUGGCUCAUUGUAUAAAAUACAGGGAUGCUGGCGACUCACUUUUUUCACUGUUUCCGGUCCAUCUCGCUUUUUCAUGUACAGGAUUCUCCCCAAGCCGAGCCAAUAUGCAUUACAUGUGAAAUUACUAGGGUUAGUUGAACUCUGCGUUCUAUAUAUAUAUAUAUAUAUAUAUAUAUAUAUCUUGUCUUCUAGUCAUUUUAUACUAUAAUGUGUGUAGGUUGGCUCUUGUUGUGGGCUUCGUGUGUGAUUUUUUCCCUCUCCAUCUUUGUUUCCUCAGGUUACAUCCGUAUACGGACGUAUGAGCAUGUGUAUCUACUGUUGUAGUUGCAUAUGUGCAUUCAUUUCGGGCCUGAAAAAGCCAACCUAUCCUAUUUUCUGCUCGAAUCCACUUUCCUUCUUUUUGCGAAUUUUUGCCCAUUACUUUCCUAUUUUUUGUUAUAUAUAUAUAUAUAUAUAUAUUACAUAUACAGGGUGUUUCACAACUUAUCCGACAAAUUUUAACCACAUAUGUACUGUUAAGAAAGUGGGUGAUCUGAAUGAAGAACGGACGAUUUUUGUCAAGUUAAAUAUGAAAGUAUUUUGCGAGUUAAUGUUUUUAGUUAUUUAUUAAUAAAAAUGGGAAAUAUGUACAGUAAUGAGGAGUUAGUGGACAUUGUUUUAGCGUAUGGAGAAACACGGCAAAAUUCGCGACCGGCUGCUCGUUUGUAUGCAUACCGAUUUCCGAAUAGGCACAUACCACAUCACGAAACAUUUAGUUCAAUUGUUUUACAUGCACGUAAAUAGAUCAGACGCGUCCGAGCUUGCAUUACAGUCAAUGGAAACAAUUUUGAACAGCUUUUAUAAGGAAACACGGAUACGAUCAGAUACGAUGAUGAUGAUGAUGAUAUUUGGGAAGGACUCAUUCCAUAUGUAAUAAUCAAUGAAUAAAAUUCUUAGGCCAGUAUAGAUUCUGUAAGAUAACAUUCCAUAAGUCAACCGAAAAUAGUGGACGAACCGAUAAGCAUCCAGGAGCCCGCGAGUCACCGCGCGCUGGGGCCGAAGCAGCCACUGUCGUCGGCGGGGCCCCAGGCGGAGCAGUCGGAGGCGGCGGUUCGCUAGCUGCCCCCGGAGGAGGGCCCCCACAAGCUACGGCACCCUCAUCGGCCGCGGCCCCCUUCCUCGUCGGGUUGCAGAGUGCUGCUAGCAGCGCGUGAACGGCGACAGGCCCAAACUAAUUGUAGAGUGUCUGAGGUGUAUACAUAUCGAGAAAGAAGCAUCCGUAGACAUGCCUAAAGGAGGUUGUUGCCUAGUAACGACGAACGCCGCACGUGCCAACAGAGUUAGAAAAGAUAUGCAUCUGAAUUUAACUCGCCACAUUUGUUUAUUUGGAGGGUAUAUUUUGUUGCUUUAAUGCAAAAGUAGCUUACUUCCACUAUUUCAAGAUUGCCCUAAAUUCAAAAUAUGUGGAACAGAGUUAGUCUCUGUCCUAUUUCCGGUAUUGUUUGUGUCGGUAAGUAACGCCAGACUAUUCUGAGUCCUUUUAAGGAAAAGGCUGCAAAUCUGUAACGCAAAUCUAGCUUAUAUAUGUUCCACUUAGGACCAUUCAUAUUUAUAGAAAAUACCUUUGCAUAAAAGUACUUUGUUGGAUUAAUCGCAGACUUGUUCGUUACUAAUACAAAGAUCGCUACCAUCAUAGAGCUCUUAACUUAUGAGGCUUGAUGCUUGAUGCUCCGCCUGUGACCUGAAAUACAUCUUGUGCAAACUACCAUGGCAGUGGGCCAGUUGUAACGCCAUCCACUGACCAAAAGAUUAAAAAAGUGCAUGUUAUUGUCUUACAAGAUUAUCAUGUAGAAUUGCAAGGACAUUUUAUACAAACUUAACCUGAAUAUUGUGAGAUGCUUUUAAAUAGAAGCGUAGUGGGGAAGUUAAUAAGUGGCAGGAUAGUGCUCUGUGAUACCUCCUGCUUUGUUGUGGCUGUCUUACACCAAAUAGGCUUUGAAUUGGUAGAUUAUCCACUGCCAUCUGACCACCAGUAAUUUCAUAAAAUUUAAAAAAACUUAAAGUAAUAAUUACGGGAACUUGUCAAGCACGCCAUAGUUGAUACUUGUGACAACGAAAUGUAUUUCAGUUGUACACAAUUUUCCGUUUUUUUUUUUCGGUUGUAGUAGUAUUGGUGUUAGAAGGGAUUAAGUAUAAAAAUGGAACAUAUAUUAUAAAUUGUGUGUAGCUUUACUGCAAGGUUGUCAGGGAGUUGGAGUAAGAGGAUCAAGCCUCGUAUAUUAUUUCUGCAAUGAAUGAGUGAUGCCACAUUCUAUCGUUUGCUGUAAAACAUGUGGAAACGCAUAAGAAGGGACACUAGUUCUGCAUUAAAGCGACGAUUUAGAGCAUUUAAAAAUAUCGAAAUGCACAAAGGAAUGAGAGAGAAAGAGGCUUUUCAGUGUCUAUGGUCACUGGUACAUAGGUUACCUAGCGGGGCCUUUUGCGCCUCUAUGCUGCUGGUUCCCCAAACUAGCCAUUUUAGUGCGUCAUUUGUUAGUAUGAAUAAAGGCAAGCGCACUGGGGCGUUUUUCUAACUGCAAUUCACGCAGUUUGAAACGCACACGGCAGAAAACCACGAUGCGGCCAGGUGCAUAAGUCAUGUGGUUCCUGAAUUUAGACCUAGUAUAGUCGGUCUGUGGUCCACGAAAGGGUCACUGCGACUCUAAAUAUUCUAUAUAUUAAUCCUCUGCACGACAGUGAAGGAAUAUUACCAUCCUCAUUAUUUCUAUGUGGUAUCGGAAUAGUUUCUAGUCACACAUCUAUGUUUUAUAGGCGAUGUGUGAGAUGUAGUGUUAUACAUCAUACAUUUGCUUGGAUCUGUGGAAAGUUAAAUUCAUGUGAAUGAAGAUCGCAUGAAAGCAGUUUUUGUAAAAGAUAGGUAUUGCGUAAGCUGUGUCAUUUAGGCAUAUUUUGUUCACUUAGAUAACUUUCAGGUUUCUCGUCAGUGAUUUGUUUCAGUUGCCUGUGGUCAUAACAGGUUUGCUUUGUUUACAGUUCAUUCAUGUCCUUGCGGUGAGUAUUAUAGCGUUGACAUAUUUGUCUUACAGAGCCGCUUUCCAGUGCUUUUGGAUUGAGAGUUGAAUGCGUGAUGUUCCCAAACUGCUGUAGCAAACGUGCACGGGAACGCAACGAGAAAAACCCAACAUGUUUUUGUUUUUUUUUUUGCUUUGACGUUGACAGUUUUGUGAGCAUACGGCCAGACUAACAAUGAAAAUGCGAAACGUAUUUUCAGAAGCAUUGUGGUGCUUUGAAAAUGAUGGCGUAACACGUCAGAGGUCAACAUUUUUAUGUAAUGCUUAUGUGUAAAUGUGUCGAAUUCAUGUUAGUGUAGACAUUCAACAUUAUUUUCAAAGUGUCUAGUUAUAGAUGAAGCCAACUUCAUCUUCAGCCUUCUUGUGCCGUCUUGUGAUAUUCGUUAUUCAGGAACAUCCCAAAUGUAUGUUGUGACUCUGGGUCCAUACAUUAUCAAUUUUUUACCAUCCUCCAAUGCAAAAAAAACAAAAACGGUGAUAAAACAUAACUAACAAGCUUGACACAUUGUCAUUGUCAUUAUCCCCACUAUUUCAGAGCGUAUAACACGGUAUAAAAAACUAGUGCAUAAGCGGGCAGGGGAUUUUAAAAAUGAAUAGCUCAGGUGCAUGACACUCUAGAGCAGUGGAACGGUAUUGCCAGGUAUUUGGCAGUACUCCGAGUAACACAAAUGAGGCACUGGAAAACGGCUCUGAUUUUGAUACUACAAUUUGAUUGGUUCAAGAGUGAACAACAGUUUACUGAACAUUUCUAUAAGACAUUUAUUAUAAAAGUAUAUAGCAGUAACCAUGUAUACCGUAUGGAGAAUUUAUUUCAUGCGAUCUUUUCAGCAUAGCAGAUUUCUGUAGGAGAAAAAGGUGUAUUUCCGGAUGUCAUCAAUUUCCACAGAAUACUUUCUGAAAAUAUUUGUAGACUGUUUGAUAAAUGUGACGAAAGUUCCUCGUAUUCAUGAGGAAAUUUGCAAUGUCCAGUUGCUACCCUACAUAAUCUUAAAAUAGGGUCUGUUUCUAUACAGUUGUUUAGUAUAUGUAUCCGUUUUCAGAUAAGGCAUUUUUAUCUUGGAGAGAUUUUGUUUGUAUAGCAAAAUAUUAGUCUGAUUUUUAGAAAAAAUAUUAUAUUUCGUUGAUCGGACGUUGAUAUCAGGUAUACCAAUAUUCAUCUAAAUAUAAGUAAGACUACAGAUCUAUAUAAAAACAGGCCCCACAGCUCGUCAUACGGUCAAUUUCAUCAAACACUCCGCUCCUGAUAACAUUAGAUAAAUUGUUAGCAAUAAUAAAUUUUGAUUGACAGAUUGGCGUAAAUAGAUCUAUACGUUUGUAUAAAUAUAUAUAUAUAUAUUAUUAUUUUAAUGAGCGUGUCGUCUUACGAUUCAUAUAGAUACAUUGAAGUUUAAGAUGGCUUAAGCAGUAUUUCCUAAUAUUAGCGCUCAUCCUUUAUUAUGCCAUCUUUAAGCUGUCAUUGGCAAUAACCUCCUUUUACAUGUUCAUUCAUUGUGGAAAAGGAUUUACAUUUUUUAUAUAUAGACAUCACAAGUUUUUUUAAAUACCACACAUUCGGCAAAAAAUUCUAAAUGAAAUGAAGCAUUGCUUGCUUCUCUUAAAAAUAUAUAUUUUGGUUUUACUAAACGAACAUUAGAUAAACGUUCUGUAUAUAAUGAAUACAUGUGAUUUUCGUUUUGUAUGGCUGAAGAGACAUUUCAAAAUUUGCCGAAUGCGUGAUAACUACUGUAAAAAAUAUUUAGUAUAUUUUUACCGCUCUUUUUCCAACUUUUUUAAGUAGUUUGAUUAUUUGGCGACAUUGUACAUCCUUGUUUUUAAAAGUCGUAUGCGGAAUUGCCUAAAAUGUUGAAUGGACAUUUUUUAAGUGUAAUAGGUUUAAAACAAAUUUGAUGCUAGAUUUUUAGUUAUACAUCCUUUAUGAGUAAGUGCAUUAUUAUUUGUGAGUAAAACAAUCACUGUUGUGAAUUUUUUAUGUAAACAGUUUUAAGCUACCAGAAUAAAAUUUUUAUUUUUUGGUUUUUUGAGAAAAAUAAAUGCUAAAGAAUAUGAUGUGUAUAAAUUUGGUUUAUUUAGGAGAAAUGCAUUGUAUGAACGAGUACAUAGCCCAACGUUUAUGUUAAAAUCUAGAUGAAUACACAAGUUACUAUUAGAUACGAGUAUAUACUGAAUGGACUUUAAAAAUCUACCAGUGAAGGACAAAGUGGACUUAAAACAAUUUUUAUGGUGAAGUGCGGUAUUUGUAGAAUAAAAUAGUGAUAUUUGUGACUAAUUUCAGUGAUUUAUUUUACCAUCCGCUUCGACUGUCAUGUAUUUUCAUUUUUCUGACGCUGAACAUUCCAAACACACAUUUUGAAAAUUACAGAUAUGUAUAUGUAAAAACAGUUGUGUGCUAUUUGCUCAGUAUAUUUUUGUAAACAAGUUUCUAGAGCAAAUAAAAUAUAGAAAAUGGUUCACCAACAGCAUCCUUUAAAUUAGCAGCUUCUAUUGAAAAUAUGUGACAAGAUACAAAUAGAACAAGCAUGUGAAAAAUUUGAAUUGUAGGGCUAUUGGACUUCCACAAAAUUUUCAAAUAAAUAUCUCGUAAAAAA